UCUUCUCUUUCUUUUCAUCUUUUACCUUUGCAACAACUUCAUCUUUAUCAUCAUCUUCGACAUCAACAACAACCUAACCACUACUACAACAUCAUUUUUUUUUCUUCUUCUUCCCUUGUUGGUCCCUAUGAAAGCCUUUCUGGUUGGAUUAUGGAUUUUUCUCAAGUCAACCCUCAUCUCUCUCUCUCUCUCUCUUUUUAUUUCUCCAUCCUCAUCUUUACCUCAUCUUCAUCUUUAUUUAUUUUUCUUUAUUUCUCUUUCUUUUCAGUCUUUCUCUCUUUUUUAGCUUAUUCUCUAUCUCUCUCACUCUCUCAUGACAAAUGGAUGAAAUGCAUGAUUAUGUUUGGUGUGAACAUUUUAGCGAAGAUGAAAGAAAAGACGUAUAAUUGAAAAUUCCAAAUAACUGGACACUCAAUUGGAGAAAUGGAAUUUGUUGAUUAAAAGAAUAGAAAACAAUAAGGAAACUAAAUACUUUGGAUGGUUGUCACCCUCUAAUUAAUCACCCACAACCUCAUCUUCUUUUCGGCCAUCGCCAUCAUCAUCAUCAUCAUCAUCUAUUGUUAAUUGUUCUCGCUCAGCAAACCCAACAAGAUAAAAACCAUAGAGAAGAAGAUGAUUGAAUAUCAAUUACGUUGUUCGUUUGAAAGAAAGAGUCACAAUUUCACUUCCGAUUGGUAAAUGACCACUUCCAAUUUAAAGUCCGGUCUCUCUCUCUCUCUCUCUCACUAAUCAAUUGGCUUGUUCUCCAUCAUCAUAUUCAGUGUAUUUCUUGUUGUAAAGAAGAAAACAUCAUCCGUUUUGUAUACAUUUUCUACCACCAAAUUUUAAAGGCCAAUUAUCAAGACUUCCGGUUAUUAAUUUUCCUUAAAGAUCAAGAAACUGCUCAUCCUGAUCCUCAUCAUCAUCAUCAUCAUCAAUGAUCUUAUCUUCAUAUUUAUAACUCUUUAAAUACUAACAACAAUUAAUAACAUCUUGGUUAAGAGAGAGAGAGAGAGAGAGAGAUCACCAGAACGAAACUAACAACAAGAAAAGUAUAACGAUUUAUUUUUCUUCUUAUUCAAUGGUCAUAAUUAACACUAAAAUAGUGAUAAUUUAUUAUCUUAAUCACUAAAAAAUUAACAUUCAUUUUGUUUUCUUUGCUAAUCCAUGUUUCCUAUUUUCCAUCAAUUAAUCAGUUAAUUUGAACCAAGAAAAAAACAACAAAAACAACAUCAACAAAUCAAAUUGAAUUUGUUUUCUUCUUAGAUUAACCUUAACCUGAUUAACCCAAAAUUUUGCAUGAAUCAAACACCACAAGUUUGUAUUGUAAUUAAGUUAUUAUUUUGAAUUAAUCAAUUUUCGAAUUAUUAUUUUUGUUUUUCUUCUCAAAUUCAUCAAAUUAGCUGAUUGUUGCAGCAAAUUGUUGUAAUUUGUUUUCCUGAAAUUAACUUUAAUCAUAUUCAUACUUCAGCAAACAGAUUGACCAUUAAUCUAGAUUAAUGGUCAAUCAGGAUAAAUAAACCAUUUAUCCUGGUUUGUUGGUCCACAAUCAAUUAAAUUUAAUUGUAAACAAGAAAAACACAAAUUACCAAAAAGUAUCAGAAUCAAUAAGAAUCAUACUAAUCUAAAGACAAUCAGCAACAAUUAAACGUCAACGAUUUUCCCAAAAGGAAAAAUUAUUAACCAAAAAAUCAACAAUACUAAUCACAAUUAAAUCUCUUUUCUUUUCUAUAGACAAUCAAACUAUUCACCAAUUUGAUUCCCUUGAUUUGCUCAAUAUCAACAAUUAACUUGAUUUUCAUCUUUCUCUCUGGUCAAUUGGUGUUUCAUUUUUCAAGAUCCACGAGUUUAACUUUUUCCCUGCACGCAAACAAUUUGAUUCUGUUAAUUGUUGCAAGUAAAUUAAGUUUACAGGACAAUUAAAAAGUUCGCAAGGAAACAAAAUGAACAAUUUUGAUGGUCAUGUGAUUAGAAAAAUGACCUUCGACAACUUCGAGAAUUACAAAAUCGACCGAUACAAAACUGGUCUUAAGCUCAUCAUCUUAAUCGUCGUCAUCAUUAUCAUUAUCAUAGUCUCACUCUCACUUUCUCUCUCACUCGUCUUGAUUUCAACAAUUCCAACGAUAUUUUAUAUAAACAGUUGAGCAACUUGAAUACCAACAAUUAGUUAAUUUUCUUGUAUUUAGUUAAUUGUUUCUCUUCAUCAUGAGUCCAAAGAGACUUUAUAACGAAGCACCAAAGUAUUUGGUUCCUCCGGAUGAUGAAAAUUUGAUUAACUGUAUCAACAAAGUUCGUGAACAAUUGGAUCAACAUUUCACCUCAUUGGAACCUGAUUUACCUUAUUUAAUUAACGAUAUUAAUAAAUUGCGAACCUGUGAUUUUGAGGUUCGCAGAUAUUUGUUUCAAACUAAUUUAGAUGUUAAUCAAGCUGUCGAAAUGAUUAAGGAUCGAUUAACAUGGAGAAAGGAAAUGUCAUUAGAUACUUUGAGAUAUCAAAAGUUUCCAAUUGAAUUUUAUCAAUCAGGAGGAAUAUUUGAAUUUAAGACUGAUAAUGAUGGUGAUCCGGUUUUGUAUGUUCGCAGUAAAUUCAAUGUUAAUAUUGAAAUUUUAUCCAAAUCAUUGAGACAAUUUUUAAUCUUCUUCAUGGAUAAAAUGGAUCAACGAUUUUCCCGUGAACGAUCUUGGGGAUUAGUAUUUGAUGCACAAGGAUUUGGCUGGAAUAAUAUUGACUUUGAUUUUCUUAAUCUAAUUAUUAAGAUUCUUAAAUAUUAUAUGCCCUGGUCAGUAAAAUAUGUGGUCAUCUAUGAGAUACCUUGGUUUCUUGAGUCCAUUUGGAAAGCGGCUCAACAUUUUAUCCCGGAAGAUGGUAAACGAUUAAUACGAGUUUAUAAUAAGAAAACUAUUGGUGAAACAAUUAACCCAAUUAACAUGCCAAAGGUGAUCGGUGGUUUAUCUCCAGAUAAUCAUAUCAUAAUUCCGGAGGGUGUUGAACCAGCCACGGUUAUCGGUAAAAUUGAAUUGGGCCUUAAUGAUGAGGAUGUUUAUCGGAUUAAGAAACAUUUAGCUAAAUUGGAUAAAGAGAUGGGAGAAUUAAUUAAAGUUUAAUAGUAAACAUUUCCCAAUGGAAAUACAUGAGAUUAUUUUUUUAUUUAGGGUUUGAUUACCUUUCUUGAUUAUAUUAUAAAUAACUUAUUACAUAUUCACUUACAUGUUGAUUAUAUUGACAAUAAGCAAUCAAGUUUCAAUGUUUUUUUUUGUGUAUUUUGUAUCAUUUUAAAGUCUAUUAUUUUUGUUAAUCUUGAUUUAUUCAAUUUUAAUUUUCUGUAUAAUUGUUAUAAGUUUCUUUUCUUCUUGUUAUUGAUUAAUAAACUACUUAUUGGUAAA